AGUGACUCAAAGGCACGCGCUUCCGUUGUUCCCAGGAAGUUGUGGGCUCCUGGUUCUGCCCCUGACUUGAGGCGGAAGCACAGCUUUUGGAGCUGGGCCGCGGGACCGCUGUGCAUCAGCCCAUGGCUGCCUACUCCUACCGCCCAGGCCCAGGUGCUGGCCCUGGCCCUGCUGCUGGAGCUGCACUGCCAGACCAGAGCUUCCUGUGGAACGUCUUCCAGCGGGUUGAUAAAGACAGGAGCGGAGUGAUUUCAGACAAUGAACUUCAGCAAGCAUUAUCCAAUGGUACAUGGACUCCGUUUAAUCCAGUGACUGUGAGGUCAAUCAUUUCUAUGUUUGACCGAGAAAACAAGGCUGGUGUGAACUUCAGUGAAUUCACAGGUGUGUGGAAGUAUAUCACAGACUGGCAGAAUGUCUUCCGGACCUACGACAGGGACAACUCUGGGAUGAUUGACAAGCAUGAGCUCAAACAAGCACUCUCAGGUUUUGGCUACCGGCUCUCUGAUCAGUUCCAUGACAUCCUCAUCCGAAAAUUUGACAGGCAAGGACGAGGGCAGAUCGCGUUCGAUGACUUCAUCCAGGGCUGCAUCGUCUUGCAGAGGUUGACAGACAUAUUCAGACGCUAUGACACGGAUCAGGAUGGCUGGAUUCAGGUGUCUUACGAGCAGUAUCUCUCCAUGGUUUUCAGCAUUGUAUAACCAGGCCUUGUGAACAUCCAGCACGGCAUGCAAAAAACUGAAGAUGCCAAAUUCCUUACCUGUGCUAGAACAGGGCAUGGCUGCAGUGAGACGCUGCCCUUCCCGUUGACUGUAUAGCUAAUUCUUGGGGACCUGGCUGUACAUAUGUGAAUACUCUGGUCAGUGACUCUGUAGUGGCAAUCUAGCUCCACUGUUAGAACACAGACGUUGGGGUUGCUGACUGAUUGUGCCAUGAGGUGAGACCUAAUAAUGGUUCAGGAUUCUGCUCCCAAACUAUCAUGUUCUUUUCUAGAUGCCUCUAAUUCUGUAGUCGAGAUGCUCUCCUUAGCCAAUAGAAUGUUAAUAUAAUAUGGAACUUGCACAGAAGGCUUUUCAUGUGCCUUACUUUUUAAAACGAAAUUUUAUCCAUUGGAAUAUGUAACAUAAGCAAUAAAGUAAUGAUACAGACUGUCUAGUUUUGGCUGGUUUUUGUUUUGUUUUGUUUUGCUUUAACUAAACAGGUGGAAGAAAUGUACCCUUUGUUACCACUCUAGUUGUUGUGUGAACAUGGGAGAGUGGGACCUAAAAAUAACGCAGACUGAAGUCUCACACAAUAGCCAAUUUUAUUUAGAGCAUCAGAAAAUGUAUACUCUUGAGUGUGAAGAAGAAUCACAUGCGAGAUGUUCAAUCACAAAGACAUGGCAAAAGCAUGUUUUUUCUGUGAAGGCACAUGAAUGACAGCUGCUGCAGUAAACUCCUGUCUGCCAUAGCUGGGAAAAGCACAACACCACAUCCAGGACCAAGUCUAUGUAUGAAGAACAGGUCGUGUAGCAUAAACAAUAAAGUGUUGAUAC